AUGGCUUCCCAAGAAGACAUUUAUCACGACUUCCAGAGGGCCGCGAAGCAAUCUUAUGCUGGCGAAUAUCCUCACCUCGAAGACCUAUGGUCGAUCUCCGCCAAAGGUCACCUCGUUGAUGGUGAAUUGUACAUGAUCGAGGACGAAAAAUGUCAUCUGCAACACUUGUCAUUCAUCGUUCGAACCGCCAUUGAUGCUGUCCUCACUCUCCUGACCGAUUGGACCUUAUUCUUUAAGCAUCCUUUGCACUGGUGGUAUCUAGUUUUCGUGUAUCCCGUGGUGUUGUACGCCUUAUUUGUUGCAGAGGUAGCGUCCCUUAUAGUGGACACGCUUAAACUCAAGUUCAUUAAAACCGCCGUUCACAAGAGAUGGACGAAAUAUGUUGCUCCAGAGAUUUUGUUCGACGCCGAAUUCUUUCACGCGGAAGAGAACAGGAGUAUUGUGGAUGAAGGUAUUGGUGCAUUGGAAAAGCCAUAUCACCCUGAUGUCGAAGAUGGUGAAGAGCCGGUCAAACCCGUUCACCAUUUUAACCUCGACAUCGCUCAAUUCCUCUUGUUCAUUUCCGACGUGGUCUACAACCGUGCUUCGGAUAAAGUUUUGGAGGCCAAGCAUAAGAUUGACAUGAUAAAGCAUCAUCCGGAACAAAGAGAUGGGUUGUUGCGUGAAGCUGUCGAAUUCUUACAAGAGAGUGAUGAGCCGAUCAGGACCCAGGUCAAGAAAUGGCCGAUGAAGUAUAAGUCGGUGUCGGAACUUAACACCUUGGGUGAAUCAUACGCUGGGAUUUUCUUUUCCGAGAGGCAUAAUUUUAUCGUGGUCGCGUUUAAGGGUCAAACUGCCGACAAAUUUGAUUCAUUCGUGAAGGAUUUGAUGUUCCAACACGUUGAUGGUCGGCCCAUUGUCGGUUUUAAAUCGUACACCGGUUACCGCAGCCUGUUAUGUCCGGAAACCGAGAAACCGGGUCCGUCGUAUAUCGCGAUCAUUGAAGCCAUCCAAAAUACCGCUCGCUUAAUCCGAAAUAGUAAUCCGAAAAGGACGCACAUCAACGUUUGGAUCACUGGACACUCGAUGGGAGGAGCCUUGGCCACAUUGUUUUACGGACGUUGUUUGAAAUCGCCAACUGAUUUGGGUGAGCACUGUGUACUUCGAGAUGCCUACACCUUUGGAAGUCCGUCUGUUGCCGACUCCGAGAUUGCCUCAACCUACGUUUCGUCACUGAACAAGCGAGGUGACCUCGUGAAUACAUUGUGGCGUGUUGUGGAUGAUAAGGACGUCAUGACCAGAUGUCCACCCGGCUUUUAUCAUGCUGGUGGUGUCGGAAGGUAUAAUAUUUUGGACAACACUCAUGUCGGUGAGGCCAUCCGAUUUUAUCAAGAUGGAGCGAAGAAACCGAAACUCAUGAAGACCUCUCAUGUAUCCGGGGAGAAUCCGAUUCCUGUAAUCCGAAGUUCCAGACCGAAAGAAAACGCCAAGAUUGAAAUCCCAAUUCACUCAUUCGAUAAAAAAUUGCCACCUUACAUCAGAGAUCACAUGACCUACAGAUACUUCAUGGCGCUGACAUUGGCGAGAAAUCAUUUGAACGAUCAUGUUGAAGUCAUCUACCAAUUCAUCGACACCGCCAACGAAAUAAUUGUAGACGGAAUCGGUUGGCACUUCAUUGGUGUUGCAAUAUUCAAUGUCAUAUGGCUGGUGCUUGUGGUAAACGAGGAACUGGUAUUAGCAUGGAUCACGAUCUUGAUCGUCGCCUCUCAACUUUCUUACAUUUAUUAUAACCUAAAAGUCAAUUAUCCACCGCAGAAUAGUUUCGAUGCGAUAUUCAUCCAUCUUCCAUUUAACCUUUAUCACGCAUGGAUCAUGGUAAUCUUAACGAUAAGCACAUUUGUGGCAUUCAUUCCUGAUAAGGAAAAUGGUAGAGAUCCUGGAAUUCUCGAACAAGUGCUAGGAGUGUUGGCCCUAUGUUUCUUGGAGGUGACGUCGGUUGGCUAUAUCGAAAAAUUUAAAGGUGACCUCAUCGGCGCUGGCGUGAUAACGAUAACCUUGUAUGGUAUCUCAUUUCAACAAGACGACAACGCGAUUAUUCACUGGGUCGCGCUGGUGUUUGCGGUCAUCAGUUCGAUUCACCUUCUGAAGACCUACCUCGCGAAACUCUAUUAUGAAAGACGAGAGGAGAGUGCCCCCUUAUUGGUUUAA